GUCGGGUUUCUGCGCUUGCCGGUGUAGGGUGUGUGCUUACUUCUCGGCUCGAGAACUUUCGUGUCAUAUUAGUUUUUAAAAAGUAUAUUUAAUAAUUUUUAUUUUAAAUAAUAUAAUAUUUAAGUUGUCACAUACUUAGUGCCUAUUCCAUCGCCAGUGUUUCAGUCAUUUAGUGUAUUAUUUAUUACUUUAAGUGUUAUUAUAAGAUUUAUAAAAGCAUUCCAAAGUCAUGGCUAAAACUGAGAAGUCAUUUGCAAGAAACUUUACAGGAUGUCUAACAUGCGUGCAAGUGCUGAACAUCAUGGUGUUGCUUGGCUUCAUGUUGAACUACGCGCUGCGCGUCAACCUGACCAUCGCCAUCGUCGAGAUGAUAUACGAUGAGGCAGACAACCACACCACCGUCGCCCACCUCACCAACCUCACCGACCACGUCAAUGUCACUCAGCAUCCGGAGCACAUAGAGCAGACGCGCUACCACUGGGACACGAAGCAGAAGAACCAUCUGCUGGGCUGCUUCUUCUGGGGCUACGUACUCACAGAGUUGCCGGGCGGUCGUCUCGCUGAAAUCAUCGGCGCCAGGCGAGUGUUCGGAUACAGCACACUGCUCGCCAGCGUCCUGACGCUGCUGUCCCCGGCGGCGGCGACGGCGGGCUUCGGCUGGAUCGUGGCUCUGCGGGUGGCGCUGGGCUUCCUACUCGGCGUCACCUGGCCCGCUAUACUGCCCAUGGCCUCCAAGUGGAUCCCGCCCAUGGAUAGGUCUAAAUUCAUGUCCAAUAUGAUGGCCUCAUCCCUGGGCGCUGCCAUCACGAUGCCGGUGUGCGGCUUCCUCAUCGCGCACUUCGGCUGGGAGUCUGCUUUCUAUUUCACCGGUAUAAUCGGCGUGAUGUGGUCUGUGGCGUGGUUCGCGGUGGUGUACGACUCGCCGGCGCAGCAUCCGCGCAUCUCCGACGCUGAGCGCAACUACCUGCUCAAAGCUCUGCCGCAGGAUAACAACACCAAGGGGCACAUGCCGGCCCCGUGGCGCGCCAUGCUGCGCUCGGCGCCGGUGUGGGCCAUCAUCAUCACACACGGCGCCUCCGUCUUCGGAUACUUCACAGUCGUCAACCAGCUGCCCUCCUACAUCGAGAGCAUCCUGCACUUCAACAUCAAACACAACGGUCUGCUGUCGUCGCUGCCGUACCUGGGCAAGUACCUGUGCGCGCUGGCGUCCUCUGUGUUGGCGGACUCGCUGCGCCGCUCCGGCCGCCUCUCCACCACCGCCGCGCGCAAACUCUUCACCGGCUUCGCGGUCGGCCUGCCCGGUGUGAUGAUGAUAGUGCAAGCGUUCCUGGGUCACGACCGCGUGUGGUCCAUCGCCAUCUUCACGCUGGCGCUGACCAUCAACGGCGCCGUCACCGCCGGCUACCUCGGCAACGGUCUCGACAUCGCCCCCAACUUCAGCGGCACCAUCUUCGGCAUGGCCAACACGCUGUCCUCCUUCGGCGGCUGGCUCUCCACGUUCAUGGUGGGGGAGCUCACACAUGAAAAUAACACGUACGAGCAAUGGCAGAUCGUGUUCUACAUCCUGGCGGGCACGUACCUGCUGGGCGCGCUCUGCUUCGUCACCCUCGGCUCCGGGGACCUGCAGCCCUGGAACUCCCCCGCACCCCCUGCACCUAGACAGGAGGAGGAGCCCCUCAACGAGCACCCCCACCUCCCCCAGCAAAAGGUGUGAGCCUGCAGAUGUGGCGAGCGUCACGACUCCCGGUAUUCAAACAUUUCCUAGUUAGAGUGUAGUGAAUUUAUUACAAUUAUCAGUUGACGAUGACACCAGCUUACCUUCCUUCUUAUUUAUUGCUGAAUACAUUUACAUGUGUAGCCCCUCUCCCUCUCCCUCUCCCUCGUCUCCUCGUCUCCUCGUCAAGUAGACGAGACUUUUAUUCACGAUAUUAAUCGUAUCAAUAUUUUUAUAAUAAAAUAUAACUUUUGAAGCAGCUGCCAAUUACGCGACCAUAUUGAAAACGUCAACUGAUCAAUAAUGUUGUUAUCAGUGAAUGUACCAUUUUAUUUUAGUAUUAUUGUAUUCAAUUUUAAAACACAGUUCAUUUCUCUGUUGCGAGUUCAGCUCUAAUUAUUGUCAGAAGAAAUAGAAGCCGACAAGUAGAGAGUGCACGAAUCAUUUGUAUGUAUGUAUGAAUAGAUCCAUACAAUUAUACAAUUGAACGAUUACAAAUAUACAUUCAUUGGUUUUAUAUUAAUUUUAAAAUUAUGAAUUUAUAUUUUUUACAUGAAACAUUCGAACUGAUUUAUUUUGUACUGUGCAUACAUUGUACUCAGUAUUUUGUGAAAUGUUUACAGAAUUUACUGAAACUGUCCUAAGAGGACGAUAAAGUAAUACUUAGCUUUAGAUAAAGACUUGCGAUGUCAAAUAAAAAAAAAUGUGAAAAAACUAAAAAAAAGGCUGUAAAAUGUGAUGUAAGGAAGUGCGGUAGGAUGCCGGCGCGCAAUGGACAAUGAUUGUACCCUCACAUAUCAUCAGCUUGGGCCAAUAUCUUGACGUGAAACACAAGCAAAUACGUUAAACUUUACCGUAUUUCUCCUGCUCCUCCGCAACUGUCGAUUUAUAUAGAAGUGUCAGUCGCGCCAGUCAGUGCUAAAUAGAUCUUAUAUUCAAUUGUAAUGCAGGUAAAAGUGCCCUUAACGUGUAUAUUGAUUUUUAUAUGUACGCUUGUAAAGAAUUCAUGAUAUUAUUCAUAAUAAUGGAUAAUUUGUAACAUUUACAACGAAUUUUUCUAUUGAAAUUCCACAAUAUAUUGCAAUUUUCACGUGAACGUUCAGAGAAACCCGACUCAGUUGUUGAAAUGUUAGUUUGUAAGUGAGGAGAGUGGCAGCAGUCGUGUCUCACUACAUCACACGUAUACUCUGACAGUAGUAGCGGGGACCAAGGUGCGGAGACCGACCGCCGCCCUCUCUUAGUAUACUAAAUAAGUAUUUCUCUAUACCUUUCUAUUAUUUAUUUUACGUACGUCGCGGGUUUAGGAAAAUUCGCAGCCAUUCUAGUGACCGGCGAACAGUGCGCCUGCUCGCCUGCUCGCGUGCUCGCCUGCUCGCCUGCUCGCGUGCACUUCACCAUAGACAAGUCUCCUAACUACCGUAAGACAUAGAUAAUAAGUUCACACUUAGCUUUACCAAAACAAAAUGCAUUCUUUUCUUGUGCAUUUUGUCAGCUGUGAUAUGAAGAGGUUUGUCUAUGGCCCGACAACAACGCUUAGCUACUCUUUGCCUCGGAGCAUACCGUCUCUGUCUGUACUGUUGUGACAGAACGAGACGGCUAACGUUUUUAGAACGUUCCGAGCAUUUUUUCGCUCUCAAAAUUUAGCACGUUUUAAAUUUUAAUUUAGAAAUGGCUACCAGAAGUUCCUAAGUGACGUUAGGUAUUUCCUUACAGGUAUUGUAUUAAUUUAUAUAUGAAUGAAAUAAAUGUCGUUUAUGGAAGUUUAAGUAUUCAUCAUCACUUUAGUUAAAUGUACAACUUAUGUUUAAUAUUUAUUUACGUAAAAGUAUGUUACUUCAUUAUUUACUUAUAAGAACUUGUAUUAUAUCAUAUUUGUAUGGAUCUUUAAGGUUUAUGUCCUAAGUUGUAAAAAAAAAUAAAAAAUAAAAAAACAUAACAAGUAGUUACUUGCUUUUUAUGAGAGAGUGCGCACAAAUAUACAUAAUAAUACAAAAAUAAUGUGCAUUUUGUUUGUGUGCGCGUUUGUUUUACAACACAUUAUAUAUUUUCUGUAAUACUUCCUUAGAAUUUCAAUAAACAAAAUAAACAAUCUCUUUGACAUAUCAAAUAACUUUAACCUUUUUAUCGGACAAAAGUUCGCUGAUAUGUUCUGGAUUUUAUAAAUAAACAUAUUAAUCUCAUUAUUUCUUGUUUGUUAAUUCGAUUAAAAUACGACAUUUUUAAGACAAUUGUAACACACACUUAUACAUAUAAAUAUAUAUCCAUCAUGUUAUUUGCAGGUAUGUACUUGUUUACACUCGAAUAUUGAUAUAAUAGCGACAAGUACAUAUUAUGUAGCAAUGUACAAAUUGUGACGACAUACAACUUUGUGACCAGUUUUAAAGGCAUUUCUUUUCACGAAGGUGUGCAUGUGUGUGUGACACUGAGCCAUAUGUAUGUAUGUAUGUAUGUGCUCCGUAUAAACUUAAUACGAAUUGUUAUAUUGUCUUUGUGACUGUACUUUGUGAACAUUAUAAUUAUACAGGAUUUUUAAAUAAAGUUUUCAAAAAU